UAGCCGGGUGUGCAGUCUCUUGACCAACUCUCGACACUCUCCGCCAUCGUCCUCCCGUCGUGCUCCCUCCAUAUAAGCCCGUCUCUGCCAUGUCUUUGCACACUUAUUCCCUUCAACAUGUCCACCGUUUGGCUCAUCACCGGCGCAAACCGCGGCCUCGGCCUCGAACUUACCACCCAGCUCCUCGCUGCCUCUCUGUCAAACGAGAUCAUAGCCACCUGCCGGACUCCCGCAGCCGCUACAGACCUGCACAAGCUUCAGGCGUCCGAAAUGGGCCGCGUGCACGUCGUCCCGCUCGACGUUGGCAGUGAACAGUCGAUGCGCGACUCCGUCAAGUACGUGAGCGACAUACUCGGUGACCGCGGGCUCGACUACCUCUACAACAACGCGGCCAUCAACCCCGCUUUCGACUCGCCCUUCGACUUCGACUACGCCCAACUCCUCGAGGUCCUCCAGACCAACCUCGGCGCACCCGCCCUCCUCGGCGAGCUCUACUACCCCUUCCUCCUGCGCGGCUCCAAGAAGACGAUCGUGAACGUCUCCACCGGGCUCGCGUCGCUCGGGCUCGACUGCGGCCCCAAGUGCACGAGCUACUCAAUCAGCAAGUGCGCCCUCAACAUGCUCACGUACAAGCAGGCGAAGACCCGCGUAGACUUUACGUGCAUCUGCAUGGAUCCCGGGUGGGUCAAGACCCCGCUCGGCGGCGAGGGCGCCGUCCUCGAGACCACGGAGAGCGCCGCCGGCAUCCUCGGCGUCAUCGCCCGCCUCACCCCCGCCGACUCGGGCAAGUUCUGGAGGUACAACGGCACGCAGCAUCCGUGGUAGGCGUGUGGUCAGCGAGAAGGGAAUGGUCCACCAUGUAUGGUAUGCUCGUGAAAUCGUGAAUGGAUGACCGUGAUGCUUCGCGUUCUUGUCCAAUGAAACCUCGUAAUAC